AUGGCCGCCAGAAGUCUCAGGAUAGGCCUCAUCCCCGGUGAUGGCAUCGGCAAGGAGGUCAUCCCCGCCGGACGACGCAUCCUCGAGGCGCUCCCCUCCUCCCUCGGGCUCAAGUUCUCCUUCGUCGACCUCGAGGCCGGCUUCGAGACAUUCGAGAAGCAAGGCGUCGCGCUGCCCGACAAGACGGUCGAGACGCUGAAGAAGGAGUGCGACGGCGCGCUGUUCGGCGCCGUCAGCUCGCCGACGCACACAGUCAAGGGCUACAGCUCGCCCAUCGUGGCGCUGCGCAAGAAGCUCGACCUGUACGCCAACGUGCGGCCGGUCAAGGGCCGCGUGCUCAAGUUCAAGGCCGAGCCCAUGGUCGACAUGGUCAUCGUGCGCGAGAACACCGAGGACCUGUACGUCAAGGAGGAGAAGCAGUACGACCAGAACGGCCGCGUCGGCGAGGCCAUCAAGCGCAUCUCCGAGCGCGCCUCCCACCGCAUCGCCACCAUGGCCGGCGAGAUCGCCCUGCGCCGCCAGAAGAUCCGCGAGUCGGGUGUUCCCAGCACCCACGCCGGCCCCGCCGUCACCAUCACCCACAAGUCCAACGUCCUGCCCCAGACCGACGGCCUGUUCCGCGCCAUUGCGCGCGAGGCCCUCGCCGACCCCAAGUUCAAGUCCAUCAAGGUCGACGAGCAGAUCAUCGACUCGAUGUUCUACAAGCUCUUCAUCAAUCCCGAGCCGUACGACGUCAUCGUCGCCCCGAACCUGUACGGUGACCUCCUCUCCGACGACGCUGCCGGCCUGGUCGGCUCGCUCGGCCUCGUGCCCAGCGCCAAUGUUGGUGACGGCUUCGCCAUCGGUGAGCCGUGCCACGGUAGUGCACCGGAUAUCAUGGGCCAGAACAUCGCCAACCCCAUUGCCACCCUCCGCAGUGUGGCCGUCAUGCUGGAGUUUAUGAACGAGGAGGAGGCUGCCGGCAAGAUCUACGCUGCUGUCGAUGCCAACCUGGAGGAGGGCAAGUACCUCACCCCUGACUUGGGCGGAAAGUCAACAACUACAGAGGUCGUGGAGGACAUUCUCAAGAGGCUAUAG